AUGUCGUUUUUAAUGUUUACUGUAAUAGGAAUUGUAUCAUUAUACUUUUAUUUAAAAUUAAGUAUUAAGAAAUGUGAAUGCAAAACCUCUAUGAAAGGUAAAGUUGUGAUUGCAACAGGCGCAAACAGUGGUAUUGGGUAUCAUACAGCUAAAAAAUUAGCUACCCUAGGAGCUCGGACGAUCCUUGCUUGUCGAAACGAAAAACGAGGCUCAUCAGCUCAAGAAUCUAUUAUUGCUGCAACGGGUAAUUCAAAUGUAAUAUUCAAACAGAUGGACUUGUGUGAUCUAGAUUCCAUUAGAAGGUUUUCGAAGGACAUUCUAGAAACGGAAGAUCGUCUUGAUGUCUUAGUAAAUAAUGCUGGAGCAUGUUCCUUCGGAGAUAAAUAUACUAAAGAUGGGCUUCUUGAAGGCAUGCAAGUAAAUCAUUAUGGACCAUUUUUGCUGACUAUUCUUUUGCUGCCGCUGUUAAAAAAAUCACAGCCUAGUAGAAUUGUCAACGUUAGCUCUUUAAUAUACUUAUUUGGAUAUGUCGACUUAGACAAAAUUAAUAAUCCAAAAGGCAACAGAAUAAUCAUGUAUGCCAAUAGUAAACUUUGCAACUUAAUUAUUCAUCAAGAGCUUGCGAGACGGCUCGAAGAAUUCGAUGUCGUUGUGAAUUCUGUACAUCCUGGAAUAAUACUAACGAAUAUCUUGAAUGAAGGCAAUUUCUUAUUUAGACUAUUCUUUAAAGUCUUGUGUUGGUUCAAUAGCAGGACAGCUGAAGAUGGAUCACAAACUGUUAUACAUGCGUGUAUAGCAAAGGAAUGUGAGAGAGUAACAGGAAAGUUCUACGUCGAUUGCAAAGAGCGAUACGUAUUAUCUAAAAUUAACAAUAGAGAUAUUGCUGACAAUCUUUGGCGCGUAAGUGAAAAAUUCGUUCGUUAUAAGGAGGAAAAUAAAAAAAUAAUUAAGUAAACAAAUAUUGAUAAUCCAGUGCCUAUAAAUUUAAGACAAGUGUAAAAUAAAAAGUAAAUAAAUAAAUUUCUUUUAUUAA